AUGAGUAUCGCCUUGAAUACUUCUCAAACGAAUUCUCACCACAUGGAGAAACAAAUUGCAGCAACAAAAGCAGAAAUUAAGAUGCUGACGCAGGAAAACGCAUCUACCGAGAAGAAGCUAUAUGUAGCACUGGGGCUAGUCACCGCGUUCGGUGUUCUGAAACUAAUCGGGAAAAUCUAG